AUGGCAUUGACAACAAACCAAGCUGAUGUUCAAAUGCUGCAAAAAGAAGUGGGAGAAGAGGACGACCAAUCAAUGUCCAGAUCAGACAGGAAGGAAACAAAGAUUCAUUAUUCUGUCUCAACCUUUAGUGGCAGUGGGGAGGAUUCUCUCGAUGGCCUUCUGAGACACCGGUGCCCUCUGACCCCCUCGCUGUCGCCACGUAAACGCACAACCAGCCAAAGCAAAACGGAGCCACCUCUCCUCAGGACCAACAAGCGGACCAUCUACACGGCAGGGCGCCCGCCCUGGUACAAUGUGACUGGCACCACCUUCAAAGAGGCUUUUGUUAUUGGUUUGUGUGGAGGCAGUGCCUCUGGGAAGACGACUGUGGCCAAUAAGAUCAUUGAGGCCCUGGAUGUGCCAUGGGUGGUGCUUCUCUCUAUGGAUUCUUUCUACAAGGUGUUGACCAAAGAGGAACAGGAGCUUGCUGCCAGGAAUGAGUACAACUUUGAUCAUCCUGAUGCCUUUGAUUUUGAGCUCCUGGUAACGGUGCUGAGGAAACUGAAAAAAGGCAAAAGCAUCAAAGUGCCAGUUUAUGAUUUCACCACCCACAGUCGCCGCAAGGAGUGGAAAACGGUCUAUGGAGCCAAUGUUGUUAUUUUUGAGGGAAUUUUGGCAUUUGCCAACAAGGAACUUUUAAAGCUGCUGGACAUGAAGGUGUUUGUGGACACUGACUCAGACAUUCGUCUGGUACGGCGGCUGAGGAGGGACAUAACAGAGCGUUGCCGUGACAUCGUGGGCGUCAUUAAACAGUACAAUAAGUUUGUCAAGCCUGCGUUUGAGCAGUACAUCGAACCAACUGUACAGGUAGCGGACAUCGUUGUCCCCAGAGGAGGAGAGAAUUUUGUGGCAUUGGAUCUGAUUGUACAGCAUGUUCAUAGUCAGCUGGAAAAGCGUGAAAUCACCGUGAGGUCUGCCCUGGCGUCGGCUCAUCAGGGUCAACCCUUACCAAAGACUCUCAGUGUGAUGGAGAGCACCCCUCAAGUACGAGGAAUGCACACUAUCAUCAGGAAUAAGGACACUAAUCGGGACGAGUUUAUUUUCUACUCAAAGAGAUUAAUGAGGCUACUUAUUGAACAUGCCCUGUCCUUCCUGCCCCUGAAGUCUGUGUCAGUGGAGACUCCACAAGGAUCUAUUUAUGAAGGGAAGAGACUCAGUGGCAAGAGGAUCACAGGUGUGUCCAUCCUGCGUGCAGGCGAGACCAUGGAGCAGGCCUUGAUGGCCGUUUGCAAAGACAUUCGUCUAGGAAAGAUUCUCAUUCAGACCAAUCACGACACAGGAGAGCCUGAGCUCCAUUACCUGCGCUUGCCAAAGGACAUCAGUGAAGAUUACGUCAUCCUGAUGGACAGCACCGUGUCCACUGGUGCCGCAGCUCUCAUGGCCGUCCGGGUUUUACUGGACCACGACGUUCCAGAGGAUAAGAUCUUCCUGCUGUCUCUGCUCAUGGCAGAGAUGGGCGUGCAUUCCGUAGCCUAUGCUUUCCCCAAAGUCCGCAUCAUUACCACGGCCGUGGACAAGAAGGUCAACGAUGAGUUUCACAUCAUUCCAGGAAUCGGUAAUUUUGGGGACCGAUACUUUGGGACAGAUGCACCUUCAGACAGGUAUGAGAGUGACGAGGGAAUGGACUACUGA